UGUACUGUGGGUGGCCCUAAGGCAUUCAUUUCUUGGCCGUAAGCUCUCAUCCGGUUACAUCAAGUCACUUUCCAGAAUUCUAGCCACACAUGAAAUUAGUCUUUCGGUCGGGAAGCGAGUAAUACGAUGGGCUGACCUGCCUUUCUUUCCAGAUCUGCCUCACUAGAGAGAGAUGACAUGCAAUUGGACUGAGUGGUGUGUAUUUCAGGUGUUUUUGUGGCUUCUUACAGCGUGUUUCCCAAAGUGCAGUACUUUGAACGAUGACUUACAAACAGCAGUUCCCAGAUAUGGUCACUUUGAGAGCAAGAGAAUAAAGGAAACAAGCGAUGUUGGUUGGAGGGAGACCGCCUCUAGGUAGCCUAGGCUCUCUACUGCCGGUCGGCCUCCCAAGCCUGGACUGGAGCAUUAGAGAGUGAGAGAGACGGUCUUCCAUUGCCUAGAGAGGCCAGGCCUGCGCGUCCCCUCUGCUCGAGCCGCGUCUCUAUGGCGGCCGCGACAGCCCACAAGGCGCAGAGCGACAUGAACGCGGAUGCUGGCGGCCAAGGCGGCGCUGUGGUCCCUGCGCGGUCUCGAGAGGGCAGUCCCGUGGCGUGCGACUUCGUCCCAUCGGCGCUGGGGACGCGAGAGCAUUGGGAUGCUGUUUAUGAGAGAGAACUGAGGACAUUCCAAGAAUAUGGAGAUACAGGAGAAAUCUGGUUUGGAGAAGAGAGUAUGAACAGACUAAUAAGGUGGAUGCAGAAACAAAAGAUCCCAUUGGAUGCCUCAGUGCUUGAUAUUGGAACUGGAAAUGGUGUUUUCCUGGUUGAACUUGUGAAACAUGGUUUCUCUAAUAUAACUGGGAUUGAUUAUUCUCCUUCUGCAAUUAAGCUUUCUGCAAGCAUUUUAGAGAAAGAAGGUCUAUCUAACAUUAACUUGAAGGUAGAAGACUUUUUGAGUCUUUCCACAAAGCUGUCUGGAUUUCAUGUUUGUGUUGACAAAGGGACUUUCGAUGCCAUAAGUCUUAAUCCUGACAAUGCAGUUGAGAAGAGGAAGCAAUAUGUGAUGUCUCUCUCCAGGGUAUUGGAAGUAAAAGGCUUUUUUCUAAUAACCUCAUGUAAUUGGACCAAGGCAGAGUUGCUAGAUGUGUUCAGUGAAGGAUUUGAAUUUUUUGAAGAGCUGCCAACACCCAAGUUCAGCUUUGGAGGUAGAUCUGGAAACACUGUAGCAGCUUUGGUUUUUCAAAAAAAGUGAGACUUCCUUGGACAAAGUCAGUUAGUUUUCUCAAGAAACUGUACAGCAAAGUAAACCUGAUACAGAAGCAAGUGCAAAUAGUGCUUAGUAAGUACCCAGGCUUAGCAAAUGGAAAUAGUGCUUAGUAAGUACCCAGGCUUAGCAAAUGGAAAUAGUGCUUAGUAAGUACUAAGUGUGCACAGACUGAGUGCAGAUAAUGGGGUGGUGGGAAACCACAAGAAUGGGAAUUAGCAUUUAGAUGUCAGCUAAGAAUAAUGUAAAAUCUUAUUUUGUAUUUGACAUAUAAAUGUUUUUCUUGUGUUUUAAGGCAGUUUUCUGUAACUAUUAAGCAGUUGAAAGCCUCAAGGCAGUAAAUGAAUUUACAGAAAGCAUCUAUUCUUGUUUUUUUGUGCCUUGGUAAAAGUUGAAUUGAAAAUGGCUAUUUAUGAAAACUCAACCAAACUGUUUCAAGGCCAGAAUAGUUAAAAGUUUUCUUCAUGAGUUAUAGGAUAUGAAUUAUGGUAAGCAAUGGCAUUUUGUUGUUAGCUGGGAGAGCUCCCUGAUUGUCAUGUUAUUAAGCAAAAUCAGAGAAAUUGAUGAAUUAUUUUUAGUUAUUUAUUUUUGAGAUAGUGUCUCACUGUGUAGCCCUGGUUGGCCCAGAACUCAGAGAUCCACCUGCCUCUGCAUACCCAGUGCUGAGAUCAAAGGUGUGCGCCACCACACUGGUAACUCUAGUCUUUAUCCUGUGAGGGAUAAAUGGGUAGUUUAAGGAAAGAGAAUUAAGGACUAUUUCUAAAUGCUUAGCCCCAUGUUAACUAAUGAUGUUAUAUUAAAUCAUUGAGUCCCCGUGGUAUUUUCACAAAGAAUUGCUUGUUUAUAUAUAGGAGAGCUGCAGCCAAGAAUGAAGACACUUUUUGCAAGGCCAGAUAGUACCAGGUAAAGCCAAGAUUCUUUGUUGGGUCUGACUGACUCUAGAAUCCUUCUUCUAGCAUAGUCUACCUCUCAUGUGCCACAUAUCUGUCUUUAUAGCAUCUAAGUCAGUGCUACAUAUAAAAUCCAAGUGGGCACUUACUUUUAGGAGCAUAUAGCCCUUUGUUAGUGUUGAUCACCAACAACUAACUGGCUAGUGAUGGUCUGUGGACUUUGAUAAUAGUGAGUCAGCCACCUGAGUCUCAUGACAUCCAUUAUGACUCUUUACUAUCUGUUUUGAAAGACUGUCCUUUACCAGGAACUGAAUUUGAAGCAAGAUAUGACACACCUGUAAUCUUAGCACUCAGGAAGCUGAAGGAGGAGUAAUGGAAAAGGUUCCUUGAGCAAGUAUAUCUCUUACUUAGAGAGGGAAAGCUGAGACUUGAACCUAGGACACUGGGUUCUCAAUGAGCUGGAGUUAAAAGCUUGGGCUGCACAGUGAAACCUUUUCUCCAAAAACAGAAAAAAAUGUUGAAGAAAUUGCCAUGUAAACAUGAAGACCUGACUUCAGACCCCUUGCACCUGUGUGAAGUGCUGUGCGUAGCAGCGUGUGCUUAUAAUCCUAGUGCUCCUGAGCAGAGACAAGAGGAUUCCCUGAGCCUUGAUGGCCAGGCAGCCUAGCUGUGAAUCAGUUGGCUCCAGGUUCACUGAGAGCCCAUCUCAAAAAAAGUUGAGAGCAAUUGAGAAAGAUAGCCUGUUGUUUUGCAUUCAACACAGUGGCUACACCUUAAGCAAUUGCUCUCCCAACUGGCAAUUGCAACUCCAGCAGCAGUUUGGAUGCUCCACAGCCAGGCAGGAAUUCUGUUCCCUCAGGCACCAGCUCUGUCAUGGCUGCUAAAGGAAACUAUCUAAAUCUCUAUUCUUCUAUAGAACUCAGUAUUCAAAGGUUGAGGUGAAAUCCUGCUAGCUCAGAAUAGCAAGUAGCUAACCUCCUCUCCUUGUUCACGUCUCCUGAAAAAAGGCCAUCUUUUUGCUCAGGCCCCCACUAAAGAACCCUGGCUACAUUUAGUUCCUUCCUACCACUUCCUGUCAGCUAGUUGCUGAUGCAGCCUCCUGACCCCAGGUUAAUUUUGUUUAAUCAAACAAAUGUGACACAUCUUUGUAUCGUUAACAAAGGCAGUAGAAACAGUUGUAACACACCUUUACACAGUUAAAAUAAUAUUCCAUAAAAUACCUAAAGACCUCUGGCUUCUACAUACACAUCCAUGCGCAAUGCAUACAUGUGCAAGCAUACACACACAAAAGAAAAGUGAAAACUGAACUUGUCAUUCAUCUUUCUGUGGAACUCUGAGGGAUGUACAGACAAAGUGCUCUAUCUGAGAGCUGGUUUAUCUGCAGGGCAUUUAUAUAUUGCAAAAGGUAAAGUGUAUCUUUUAUUUAUAUCUGAUAUUUAAGGAAACUCUUAUUUGGGACAAUAUUUUAGUAUUGGAGUCUUAAUGUAAUUUUUUAAAAAAAUUAUGUAGCUUUUCGGUUGCUAGAUGUCUCAGCAGUUAUGAGCACUCUGCUCCUGCAGAGGACCUGAGUUUUUACACAAAACCCACGUGGCUCACACCAUCUGUUACUCCAGUUUGUAGGGAUCCAAUACCCUUUCUUCUAGCCUCCUUGGGCACCAGAUAGGCGUGUAGUAUAUAGACGUUCAUGUAGGCAAAUACCUGCAUACAUAAAAUAAAUAAAAUAUUUUAUAAUUAAAAUAUUACAUAACUUUUGAUGAUUUUCAGCUUUUUUGGGACUAUUGGAUUUCAAACCCUUUUUUAUGGUAAAUAUUCUUUUAGUAUUUAGCCUAGUCCAGCAUUAGAUGGUUUUUGUUCUGAGGCGAUAGAGGAGGACAAGCCUGUAACUUAGGUCAGCAUGACCAUUAAGGCUACCACUUGUCUUUUCAAGAUUUGGAGACAGUUACAUGGACUUUGAACAAAAAUAAUGAUUUUGGAAUAGCUUUUAUUUUAGAAUGCAAAAUGUGAGAAAUUACUUUAAAAUAUGUACAAUUUAAGCUUUUCAGAAAAUUGUGCUUUCUGAGAUGUGCGAUCUUUUUAGUGUAUCUGAACACAUAUAUGCAAGUGUGUAGGCAUACACAUGUGGAAGGCAAAGGGAGACUGAGAAUCUUUUUGUGGUUAUUUUUUUUAGACAGGAUCUCUCUACUUAGUCCUGGCUGUCCUGGAACUCACUAUGUAGACCAGGCUUUGAACUCAGAGAGCUCUGCCUGCCUCUGCCUCUGGAUCAGGUGCUGGGAUUAAAGGCAGGUGCCACUGCACCCAGCCCAAGUAUCUCUUCUAUCGCUGCCUUAUUUUGUCUUCCUUAUUGCCUCGAUUCAGGGUCUCUUACUGAACCUGAAGCUCCAUGUUUGAGCUAGGUAGCUGGCCAGCAAGUUCCAAGGGCCUGCUGGUUUGCAUCUGCCAGCUCUGGCGCUGCGGGCACAUGCAGCCACACCUGCUGGGUUGCAUCGGCCAGCUCUGGCGCUGCGGGCAAGUGCAGCCACACCUGGCUUUACACAGAUGCUGGGGAUUCCAGCUCAUGUCCUCAUGCUUGCGCAGCAUGGGUUUGUGUUCACUGAGCCCCUCCCUAGCCACAGUCUUACACUGUAGACACAGACUGUUUUAUAAUAUAUUGAGGUGAUUUUUUUCUUUAAUAAUAAAAGGUAUUCCAAGUUUGUCUUCGGUUUCAAAAAUAACGGUAAUCAUCAUGGCAAGUUCCAAUCCAGCUGGGACUACUUAGUGAGAGCUUGUCUAAAAUCAAUAAUUAAUAGGUAGAAGUAAGUACUCUUAGACUUUUAAGUGGGUAAAUUUGAAGUGUUCUUAAGCAUCAACCCAGCAAAUCACUUUCUGUGUGAGCAGGCGGAGUCUGACUCACAUGUAGCCUGGGAUAUGUCUGUUGAUACUGAUUCAGUCCCUUUGUGGGACAUAUUUGUUCUUUUUGCAAAGGUAGAGGCUUUUUUUUUUCUUUUUUCUUUUUCCACUAUGGAGCUGUUAAUAAAGCUUAAAUAAAGGACUUGUCAUUUUUUCUUAGCACUUUAAUCUUGCUGGAAGUCAGCCCUUUAAUGAUUAAAAUCAGAAUAAAUAGAAAUUAGUAUUUUCAAAUACUACCAAACUGUUAAAAGCCUGGUCACCAAAUAUCUCUAAGUUUAUGAAGUAAACUUAUAAACACUUUAUGUUAAACUCUGUUUUUUAAUUUUUAUUUAUUUUUAUUUAAUGUGCAUUGGUGUUUUGCCUGCAUGUAUGUCUAUGUGAGGAUGUCAGAUCCCCUGGAACUGGAGUUACAGACAGCACCAUGUGGGUGCUGGGAAUUGAACCUGAAUCCUUUCGAAGAACAGGCAACACUCUUAGCCACUGAGCCCCAUCUCUCCAACUCCCGUAUUGUUAACACUUUUUUUGGGGGGGAGGGGUUUCAAAACAGGGUUUUUCUGUGUAGUUCUGGUGUCUGUUCUGGAUCUCGCUCUGUAGACAAGGCUGGCCUCGAACUCAACAGAGAUCUGCCUGGCUCUGCCUCCCCAGUGCUGGGAUCAAAGGUGUGCACUACUGCCACUGGCUUUGUUAACUUAUAAAUAUGUGGAUACAUGAAUGAAAUGAUGCAGUUACAAAAAAGGGCAGCACAUAAUGUAAUGAGGACUGUGGUCUGUGGGUAAGAAACUAGAAUUGGAGCUUCAUUUCAUCAGAAGACAUUUUGAGGAAACUUGUUUGAAAUGCAAACAAGAACUGGGGCAUUUUGCAGUGAUGCUGCUAUAGCACAAUAGGCCUUAUCUGUAGGCAGCACAGGGCCGCAGGGAACCUGCAGGUCCAUGGGGAAUCAGGCCUGGAUGCUGCAGGUAGCUGGUCAGGCUCCACAGCUUAACAAAUAGAAAGUAUUGAGAACAUUUUGUUUUAACCAGGUAUUCAAGUUGGAGUUUCUUUUGGGAACUGACACUUUGGUCUGUGAUUCAAACCUGACACUAGCUUGACUAAAGCCAUUUUAAAAUAAGUACAGCCGGGCGGUGGUGGCGCACGCCUUUAAUCCCAGCACUCGGGAGGCAGAGCCAGGCGGAUCUCUGUGAGUUCGAGGCCAGCCUGGACUACCAAGUGAGUUCCAGGAAAGGCGCAAAGCUACACAGAGAAACCCUGUCUCGAAAAACCAAAAAAAAAAAAAAAAAAAAAAAAAAAAAAUAAGUACAAAUUGUACUUGAUUUUUCCCCCAUUGUAGUAACAAGCUUAUUUUUCUUCUUUUUCCUCUCCAAUGUGCAUGCAAUCUUCUAUUAGAGAAAAGAAGGGAGCCAAACAUAUAUAAAAGACCUUAAUAUCUUUUAUACAUUUGUAAAAUUUCUGUACUGCUGCAGUGUACCACUGCAUGCUGACAGGGUUCAUUCUCAUCCAUUCUCAUUCCAGUAGAAACCUCAGUUUUUGAGGCACAUACAUAAUUGUUUGAUUUUUUUUUUCUUCCUUUCCUCUCCUUUUUGAGACAAGGUCUCAUGUAAUCUAAGCAAGCUUUGACCCUUCUUUGCAACUGAGGUUAGCCCUGAACUCUGAUCCUUGAUCUUUCUGCCUCAAUCUUCUGUUUUGGGAUUAUAGGAGUUUGCUACCACACCCUGCUCAAACUAUGCAAUUUUCCCACUUUAUAGAUUUGUGUCUAUAUAUACAUAGUAUGAAUGUAUCUGACCUUUUUUCUGUCUGGUGGCCUACACUGAAAAUAAGAACAAAUACAAACAAUCAGUUUGUCUCUAAGGGAGAGACCUGGGUUGUGACUUCCUGUUUUUGCCUCUGGAAACUAGGAUCUAUCUUUUGCAGAAACAGUGCUCAGCUUUCAGGGCAAGAGACCAAGUGUCUUGUGUUGCACAGUAGUAACCACUCCAGCUAAUUGCAGGGGUGUAGAUGGCCUCUGAAAGGAUCUUGUCCAGUAUAUUUUACUGGAAGAAGGCUGCCACAACUUAGAGCUUGGUUGUGGGAAGCAAGGAACACAGUAGACUUAAAGACAUACUGGUGGAAAAAAUUAGAAAAUCCUUAUCAUUUCUUUUGAUCAGGCAGGAAACAGAGAUGUCCUUAGAUGAAGGGUGAAUGCAGGAACAUGUCUUAUUAACAGUUAAUGGAAGAAAAUUAAUGCUAAUUUAUUCUUCAUACACACCAUGCAAUUUGUUAGAAAGUAAAGGAAUAGUUUGAAAUUCUUUGGUCAAUUGAUGGAUUCCUAUGUUAGGGGCAUAGAAAUGAAACUCAACAUUAAGCAGACAAAUACCCAAGCCCACAGGCUACAUAAAUGCUGAAUAAAACCAGCUCUACAAUGGAACUCUGAAAAGCACUGGGUACCAGGCCUAAUGAAUGAUUGAAUAUGACCUUAGUAAAAUCCCUGGAGUGUUGUUGAAAGAUCAUUCAUUUCCAGCUUAGAUGUCAAGAUGGGCUCUAGUAACCAUGAAGAAAAGAGAGCUUGAGUGGGUACUUACUGAGUUUUAAAAAUCUUUAUAACACAGUGAGUUAGACUAAUCAUUAAAAGGGUUUCUCUAGCAGAAUUUCAAGCUAUCACUGUGUGGACUUGGAGCUUAGGCCCAGGGAAGCCAAAUUAAAAGGAUAAGAAUAAUUCCUAAAACAUGACUAUAUCAGUAUUCUGCUUUUGUGGAGUAGAACUUCAAAAACCGGGCAUGUAUGAGCUGAGAGAAUGUACUUUUGUCAUGCUGAUAGUGUUGUGAGGAAGACUGAAGAAGACCAAGCAGUCCAUUGUAUCUUAAAAAAUGUGUGUAAAUUACUGCCCAGCAAGUAAUAGAGCAAGCCAUAAAACCCCCAUGUCUAGUUUUCAUUUUCUAGAGGAAACUAUUUUCUUGUUUUCCUGAAGAAAUGGCACAUUUUUAAAAACAAUUUUUAAUUUUUUCUUUAUUUGUCUCUGUAAAAAUAUGCCAUUUGGGUGAGUGCCCAUGUAGGUCAAAAGAAGAGCGUGUUGGAUCUCCUGGAAUUGGAGUUAUAGGCAGUUGUGAGCUACCUUAUGUGGGUGCUUAGAACCGAUCUUCUGUAAGAGCAGGAAGUGCUCUUAACUGCUGAACCACUUGUCUAGCCCCUGUGUUACAUUUUUACAUGUUGUUGUUAUUACUGUAUCAGAAAAUGAUAAAUCAGUGUCUAAUUUUUUAUUGUGUAUAGUGCCUGGAAGCUACUUUUAAAAAAGUGAGUGUAAUCUCUCCGUUUUCCCCCAAGCCAUAAGCGUUAGCACAUGAUCCAGCAAUUAUAUGUCCUAGAGAAUACCAGAGUAGCUUAGAAAGAAAUAUGGAAUACUCCAGUGGAUUAGGGUCUUCACUGAUGCCCUGUGGAUGAAAUAGUUCGUUGUCAGGGACAGUAGCAGAGUAGAAACUGAGCUGGGUUGGUUCCUGCUGUUGCGUCUUGCUGCUUUUGAAAGGAAAGACUCGAGAGGCAGAGGCUAAAUGUAGAUGAGUGUGGGUGCUUCAAGUUCAGAUUUGCUUCCUAACCCCUUGCUAAUAUGAAAAUGUCAGGCCUUUGUUCCUGUCUAAUUUUAGUACAUCCUGGCUUAAAAAAAUAUUAGGAUGAUUUCCAACCAUGGAACUUGGAGAGGCGAGACACAGGGAGGAAGAGUGGAGGAAAGAGCAGUUUAUAUUCCAUAUCCGCCUGCCUUUCUGUGACAGCAUCUAGCCCUUAGUCUGUUGAUUUGCUGAGGAAAUAAAUUUAGAUGCACUGAAGCAAUGGUAAUUAGGUUUUCCCUCCAUAUCUUCUGUAGAAGCCUCAUUGGAGUUUGUAUGGGGAAAAUUAUAGUAUGGUAUUUAAUAGACUUUCACAUUGUCUGAGUUAAAGAGCCAUGCACAAGCUUUCGGAGGAAAGCCUAGAGCUAUGAGGGAUAACUUAUGUCUGUCAUUUAUAAAGGGAACAUUGGAGAUGUUUCAGUGAGCCUGCUUUUAUACCGUUGUUUUGAAUGAGAGUAAUAUUUAUUAUUUUUGAGUAGUUAUAAGUAAGAUACAGUUUUGAUGUAUUUAUCCCCUUGCAAGCCAUAGCAGGCUUAGAAGGAAAGCUCUGAUUCUGUGAAAAAAGCUUCUUGAGUCAAAUAAUUGAUAAUAUAAUUUGCUCAAGAGAUAGGAUAAAGUCCCACAUAGACUUACAGUUGUGCCAAUUAUUAUGGUUAUUGUUUAAUUAAAAAGUAAUUAACUAGAUUAAACUAAAAGGCCAUAUUAUAAGUAUCUUACCUCACUAUCAAGUAAACUGUUCUUUCAAAGGUUUGUUCAUUUAGUGAGGCAGCUUUCCUAUGGUAAAGAUACUACAGAAACAGAAGAGAUCAUUUUGUUCAUUCUAUUCGACUAAGGACUUGAAACAAAUGAAAUAGGUUAUUUUUGAAUUUGAAAUUUAGUUGACUUCUCUUGGUUCUUUUCAUUGAAUGAUUACAGAUAGUUUGUGUAAAGUCUGUUUAAGAGGGCUAGGAGUACAGCUUAUUGGUACAGUUCUUGCCUGGCAUGUUUAAGGUCCUGGAUUUCUCUCCAGUACCACAAAGUCAGUGAUUCAGUCAGUCAGUGAAUCUGUUGUGUAGAAGAGUAAGAAUCAAAGGGAUUGGACCUAGAGAAACCACUUUCCUUUCUUUAUAAGUCAUGGACAUUCUGUAGAUAAACGUGCCGGGUGGUGGUGGUGCACAGCUUUAAUCCCAGUACUCUGGAGGCAGAGGCAGAUGGAUCUCUGUGAGUUCAAGGCCACCCUUGUCUAAAGGGUGAGUUCCAGGACAGCCAGGGCCACACAGAGAAACCCUGUCACAGGAAAAAGAUAAAAAGGUAAACUUUAAGAAAAAAAAAAUGUUUUGUUUAUUUGGUGCAUGCACAUGCAUGUAUGUGUAUAUACAUGUUGGUGUGAAUGUGCUGUCUCAAGUAAAUGGGCCCCAGAGAUCAAACUCAGGUCAUCAGGAUUGGUGGUAGGCACCAUUUCCCAUAGAACCGUACUUUACUUUUAAGUUCCUUCCUACUCAUGCAGCUCAGAUACCAUAAUACUAUAAACUGGGUGGCCUAAAAUGCAGCCAUUUCUCUCUCAGAGUUCUGGAAGCUGGAAUUCCAAAGUUCUGGCAAGGUACCAUCACCAUUGCUUUUUUUUUUUUUUUUUUUUUUUGGUUUUUCAAGACAGGGUUUCUCUGUGUAGCUUUGCGCCUUUCCUGGAACUCGCUUUGGAGACCAGGCUGGCCUUGAACUCACAGAGAUCCGCCUGCCUCUGCCUCCCGAGUGCUGGGAUUAAAGGCGUGCGCCACCACCGCCCGGCCGCUUUUUUACAUUUAUUUAUUUGUGUGUGUGUGUGUGUGUGUGUAUGUGACACACGCAUGUGGAGGUCAGAGGACAACUUGUAUGCUUAGUUCUUUCCUUCUACCAUGUGGGUUCCAAGGAUUGGAUUCAGAUUGUGAGGCUUGGUGGCUGGCACCUUUACCCACUGUGCAUCACCAUGCCUGUCCCCAGGUUUGUUUUAUCUUGUUCCUUGGCUUGUAGGUGGCUGCUAUUUGUAUGUUCACAUGACUUCUGUGUGUGAAAGAGAACAAAUACACAACCUCUCAGGGUCUCUGUGUGAGGACACUGAUCUCAUGACCUCUCCUAACCCUGGUUAUUUCAUAAUGGCCUCACCUACAAAUACUGUUGCCUUGGGGCUUAGGGCUUCAAUGUAUGGUUUUAGGGAAGGAAUCAGCAAAAAUCCCUAAAAAUUAGGAUUGAAUGAACAAGGCCUACAAAAUAGGUUUCUAAUAUAUAUGAGGACAUUACACACUCCAUUUACUAAGUAUCAGUUGUUGGGUAGCUUGAUGGCUCUUAAACCAAGGUAUCUGUCUAUUAAAAAGAUGUGUAUGCCUGUGUAAUAAAAUAUUUGAAGCAAAUGAAUAUUUUUUUAAUCUGAAAAAACUUGUGCUUGGUGACUGAUUGUUUCUGAUAUAUGUUUGAUUAUUCAGUUUGUAUUCAUUUGACCAUAGAGAUGACUUGACCAAUAAAUUUAGAAAUUUGCGUCUUA